AGAAGACUAGAACGCAUAAUCUUCUUUCUUCUCCGAGUCCUCAAUCUCAAUCUCUGCAACUACAACGCCUCUAUAGUCGAUAGCAAUCGAGCACAAAACACCCUUGUAAUUAUCAAUCGAUUAUCACGGUCUCCAUUGUCUAUCCGUAAUCGAGCUCAAAACUCCAACGUCGAUGUUCCAAUUUUUCGAUAUUCAGCUCUCCAUCAUUGAUCUUCAGAUUUAUGAUUUUAUUGUUGGUGUUAUUGUCCUCGGUUUCACGCUAAGAUAGAGACUUUGUUGGUGUUUUAAGGGGACAACAUCAAUGGCAAAAUCCUUUGGAGGAGUUGUUUGAGAGUGGGCUGAAGAAGCAGCGCCAACUGUAAAACAAGUAGGCACCCAAGUAUUAUAGGUUGCUUCGUCAUGAGUUGUAAACUGUUUGGAGUUUCCAAACAUAGGAUAUUCUAUCUUUCAAUAUCUAGAAAUUAAAUUAAGGGUAAAAUUGUCAAUACACAUUAUUUUCUGUGGAUGAAUAAAAACAGCUCCCGUAAAUAAUAGUAAUAAGCAACCCCACAACACAAGGCUUGUUUAUAGAGAACAAAUGUGCGGAUGCUUUCGAGUUACAGCAAAUGUAUGUUACUUCUGAAGCUGAUCCGCUUAAGAACUCUUCAGAUUUCCCAAUUUGCUUCCGCGGCUUCACAAGAGUUGUCAACACCUAAACCCGUCUCCACGAUAUCACCAAAGGGGCUUAAUUUCUACAUCUCUACCCUCCAAACUUGUGUCUCUGUUGAUCAGCUUCAUCAACUUCACGCUGAGAUUCUAAAGACUCGCUUCUCCCAGAACGUAUUCCUGAUGACACGUCUAGCUCACGCUUACCUCAAAUUUGAUUGCCUGAAUAUUGGAGAAAGAUUUGUUGUCAGCAUCAUCAAGAACCCACCUUUGUUUCUCUGGAAUGAGACGAUCAAAUGUUAUGCAAGGAAAGGUUGUUACAGAGAGUCAAUCGAUCUAUAUUACGAGAUGAUUCGAAGUGGAUACAAACCGAACGCCUUCACGUUUACAUUUGUGCUGCCGGCUUGCGCUGGGUUGAAGUCGGUUAAAGAUUGUCAGAGGGUUCAUAAUGAUGUUUUGUUGUUCGGUUGCGAGUAUAAUGAGUUUGUUAUCACGGCUCUUAUAGAUGUCUAUGGGAAGUGCGGCGAAUUAAGUUCCGCACGCCAACUGUUCGAUAAUAUGCCAGUGAAGAAAACCGCAAGCUGUAACGCCUUGAUGGCUGGGUUUGUACUGGAUGAGAAGUUCGAUGAUGCUUUAUCACUUUUUAAUGAAAUGAAGAAGUUGGAGAUCCGACCAGAUACCAUGACCAUGGUUAAGGUACUUCAGUCAUGUGCCUCUUUGGGUGCUUUACAACAGGGAAGAUGGGUGCAUGAACAAUUAAUAAGGACCCAAAUGGUGGUCAACGUACAAUUAGGUUCUGCUCUGAUUAACAUGUACGCUAGAUGUGGUAGCAUAGAAGAAGCCCACCAUGUGUUUGAAGAAAUGCCACAAAAAGAUCUCAUCGCUUGGACAGCAAUCAUAUGUGGUUAUGGAAUGCAUGGACUUGCCCAUCUUUCAGAAUCUCUUUUCCUUCGUAUGGUGAGUCAUGGUCUAAGACCUGAUGCCAUAACAUUCGUUGGAGUUUUGUCAGGUUUUAGUCACAAUGGCAUGGUAGAAAAAGGGUGGUAUUAUUUCAAGAAAAUGUCUAAUGAAUUUAAUGUAAAGCCAGUUUUAGAGCAUUAUAGUUGCAUGGUUGACAUGCUUGGUAGAUCUGGCAGAUUAAAUGAAGCCGAAAACCUUCUGAAACAUAUAACUGUAAAACCCGAUUCCAAGAUUUGGGGUGGAUUGUUAAAUGCUUGCAAGAUUCAUAAAAAUGUUGAAAUGGCUGAAAGAGUUGUAUCCAAGAUUCUUGAAUUGGAUCCGACUAAUGCUGGAUGGCAUGUGCUCAUGUCCAACAUCUAUGCAACUUGUGAGAAAUGGGAUCAAGUUGCCAAAAUGAGGGGAAAAAUAAAAGAUUUGAAGUUGGAAAAAACACCAGGGUGGAGUUCUAUUGAAAUUUCAGGGCAGAUUCACACGUUUCUUGUGUUUGAUCAAUCACAUGUGAUGUCAAGAGAGAUUUACAAAUAUCUCAAGUACGUAAAAGAACGGAUGAAAGUUGAAGGUUAUGUUCCUGAAACUAGUGUUGUGUUUGAAAAAGUUGAUGAGGAAACGAAAGAGGAGAUGGUAUUUUGUCAUAGUGAAAGAUUGGCGAUUGCAUUUGGGAUUCUAAGCACUUUGGAUGGUGAUGUGUUGAGAGUGAUGAAGAACUUGCGGGUGUGUGUGGAUUGUCAUAAUGUUAUUAAGUUUAUAUCUCGAAUUGAAUGUAGAGAAAUCGUUGUUAGAGAUGCGAAAAGAUUUCAUAGUUUUAAGAAUGGUGCAUGUAGUUGUGGAGAUUAUUGGUGAUGGACAUUAUUGAUAUAUAUUUAUUUUCAAAAUAUUGUAACAUCUACAAUUUUGUAAUAACUAAAAAAAUAAACUGAAAUGAAAGUUUGACGAUGUUACAAGAAAAAGGGUCUUCUAAGGUGGGACGGAGCCGGUGCGGGAAGGAGGCGUGGGGCUUUUCCCGUUCCGAUGAACACCGCACCGUGGCUGCGGGAAGAAGCUGAGGGGAAGGGUUGUCGUGUUCUCGCUCCACAGGUGAUUAGAUAGGAAUAUAUAUAUAUAUAUAUAUAUAUAUAUAUAUAUAUAUAUAUAUAUAUAUAUAUAUAUAUAUAUAUAUAUUAUCCAAGUAGCUAAGGGAUUAACAUAAAUGGUCCUCUGUUUUUUCUGUUUUAGACAUUGGCCACACUAAUUUUUGGGUUGACACUUUAACCCUUACAAUUUCAUUCUUUUUUUAUUCUACAUCCCUCCACCGACUGAUCCCUCUUGUAUAUGUACUUGUAUAUUUGUUUUUGUCGGUCGAAUGUUCAUGUGUUUCUCCUCUUUGGUUUCCACGUGUUAUGUUCCACCGUUCAGUGUCUGAUACCACUGCCUCGCUCUCCACUCAAGUUUCAUCCACCGCUUCCGCUGCCUACUUUCAUCUGCUUUUCUUUCUUCAUGAUCCCUUCCGUAUCUGCUCUCCACUCAAGUUUCAUCCACCACAUGGUUCUGUCCACCAACAAUCACAGCAACAGAAGCAGGACCUCUUUCUUCCAUAUGUUUGGUGGUGGUGAGUAGGGCUGUGGAGGAGGUUAGGGAGAGGGGGGUAACGGCGAAGAUGACACCGCUGAGGCCGGAACAGAAGGUUGUUGGUUUCGAAUCAAGUCAGAAUCUCCACCGCUUCUCCCUUUUUCUUCACCACCCAUUCAUCUUUGCCAUUUGAUACGUCCCAUCGCUUUGCUCGCAAAUCCCCUUCAUCGACAUCUAACCACUGAUAUCAACACCGCCUCAUAUUACAACCGUUGUUUGCAGCCAUCCCGACGAUCCACCCCUUUUUUCUAAGCCCCCUUCGGUUGAAAUUCAGUGUCGUGUUUUUGAUUUAGGGCUUGAGAAGCUGGGUUUUGUUUUGUAAAUCAAUUAAAGCUUCUUACAAUACCGGGAUCGAGAAUCGACCUACCGUAUCAACCCUUCUAAAUUGGCAUUUUGGAGGGAAACGGAAGGCGAGGGUCAUUAAAGCAACGACGAUGAUGGUCGGUCCUAAUGGCUCAUCGGUGUCUCUUCGUUUCCCGAUCCAAACAAGAAGCACCAAGAUCUUUCUCUAUAAAUCGUCAAUCUGAUUCUUCUGUUUAUGUUUUUAACUCUAUGUGCCUGUGUUUUUAACUACAUGUGUACGUCUUUCCUCAAUGGCUUCAAUCGUUUAAUCAAUCAUGGAGCACAAAGCAACUACAAAAGCUUUUUCCUUUAAAUAAAAGCCACCAAGAUAUUUGAAGGUUUUAUGGAGGAGGAGAAAGGGAAGAGGAUGAAUGAGACGGAAUGUGAUUGCAUUUUUUUCGUUGUGAUAAAUGAAGGAUAUAACCUUACUGUCUUCACCCUUUAACUGAAGCUUCCUUAACCAUUUCAGCUAUAAACAAGAAAUCAGAUUUACUAAAUUAUCUCAAAUACGCAGGAGGAUAUGAGAAGCAACAACGAAUUUAUAUGAUAAUAAGAGGUAUGGUCGUAAAGGUUCUUUAAUGGGUAUGGAUGCAUUGUAGCUUUUUUAGCUAUAAGUGUAGUUGAAGCAGGUAAGAUAAACAAUCUGUUAUGGUGUUUUAGUGAGUUCUAAGUACGCAAAUUAGUAUCAAUUUAUGAUACUUUGGUUUCUUUCACAGUUGAGGUGAGGAAUGGGAACAAGAGAAAUGGUAAGCAUGUAAGAUGUGCACAUAACAAUCCUCAAGGUGACCAUGUGCCUGACUAUGCUCCAUAUCCUGCAAUUGUAUUGAAGGUGGAAGAUGGAACAGGGAUUUUACUUCCGAUUACUGUUUGUAUUUGGAUUUUUUAAUCUUAAAAUGUUUGAUUUUAUAGUGAUGAAAGAUAGUUUUUGGAAUAUUCAUAUAGUUUUUGGAAUACUCAUAUAUAAGGUUAUUCUUAAAUUGA